CUACGAUUGUCGCGCUAAGACUGGCAAGCCCGUGCGAGAUCAUGAAAGUCCCCGACCUGAGGCGCAGAUACACUCCAGAAGAAAAACAGCAACUCAUAAAAAACCUAGACAUCGAAGUCGAACACCGCGUCCGCCAGUUGGAGGAAUGGCUAGCAGUUGCCCUGACGAACUUCAAACUUCACCAGGAAGGCUUGAUUUCUCGCAUACCAAAGCUCGUGCGCAGUGUCAAGAUGGGCGAUUUUGCGGACAAGUACGAUGGAGACGUCCAGGCGUGUUUGCGUGGACUCCAGAAGGAACGGUUAGGCAAUGCGGAGGAACUAGAGAUCGAUCGAGAGACGCGAAAGCGGAAAUGGGCGGCCGCAUUGGAGGAAUCGGAGGCUUCAGGUUCGGGGACGGGGACUGGGGCGAAUGACGGUGAACCGGCUCGAGCACUCAAAAGCGCACGUAUGGCAAUAGCCACUCCAAAGAAGAAAGGCACUUUCUCAAAUCCUUUCGCAGUUGCCAACACACCUGGAACGUCCCGAAAUCCUAUCCGCGUCCAGCCCUCACCAAGCCCGUACAAGUUGGGCAAGCCCCCACCAUUCAUCCCGGUUCGCAGCACGUCACCUUCAAAGCUUACGAACGGUACCACACACCACCAACCGCAGCGCACACGAAUGCCAUCCAGUGCAACAUUCAACCCAACUAUGCCAACUCAAGCACCAACGUAUCCUGCUCUGAGAGCACCGCGACGGGAUGAGAGCAUGCUGAGUGUUAAUGGUUCUCCUCUGGCUAAUCCAUAUACUCUUGGACUUGGUUGGUUUGCCGGCGGUGGCGAGGACGGCGGGGAUAACACGGCGAAUCAAUUAGUGCCAUUCAAGAACAAGGGGACUAGCAAGGAAAAGGCGAUCGGUAAACCGAAGGGACACAAGCGCGUCGACAGCAUCGUCAUACGCCGUGACCCGUCUGUUGUGCUGGCCGGGUCAUCACAACGUUCAAGUCUUAGUCUACAGUCGCACUCGCGCUCGAAUUCCCAGAGCACUACUCACUCCCAAAGUAACUCUCGAACACAAGUGUUGGCUCCUGAGCCCAGUGUUGCUAUCACGCCGAAAGCCGAUCCUAUUCCACUUCCUCCUACGGCAGUAUCUUCGAGUUCAGCGUCGGCUCUAGUGUCGUUACCCACGAAAGAUGGGCAUCUUCUUGAGUUUGAUCCGCUCAAUACGUCGCCGAGCGCUUUGGAUGCACUGGUGGGCAUUACGGAUAGCGCGAAGAAACAGGCACGCGAAGAGAUGGCACGACUUGUGAAGGAAGCAGUGCGAAAAUGGGCCAUCGAAUAGCACACGAUGUGCACAUUUUUACCUCAUUUAUAGUCCGGAAUCGCUCGUUUCCCUCCUGCUGUUUGUGACUUGUUAUCUCUAUUUAUUAUCGUCGCUAUACAUGGCUAUUAACUGCAAACAUGACAUGACCUCUAACCAAGUCCUAAAUUCUAAGGGCGUUCCAGGCGUCGCAGGUUAUCGAAGUACAUACACAUUCAACCAGCAGGAAAA